AUCGAUAUUAGGGGAAGUGUUAAGAGAAUCUCCGAGGGUAUAAUACCAGAUGCUUUUCCCCAGUGAUUUUCUCUCCAUGACUCGCCUAUGCCGCCAUAAUGACCGCCGAUGAUCGAAGUUUGGAGGUGAGGGUGGUGGCGGCUGUCUUCAUGUCGGUGGCCUGCGUGGCUGUGAUGCUGCGAUGUUACGUGCGUGGAUGGAUAGUGAAGGCGUUUGGCUGGGAUGACGGAGCGAUGGUCUUAGCGGUGUUGUUCCAUAUCAUGUUUUCGGCUUGCAUGAUCGGAGGUUCUCUGUAUGGUACCGGGCGGAAAUAUGAGGUGCUUACGGCGCACGAGCGGGUGACGGCUAUGAAGUAUUGGUGGCUCUGCGAAGUCGCAUUCUGUUUCGCCUCGAUCGGUUGCAAGAUCUCCGUCUGCAUUUUCCUGAUGCGCAUCACUGUCAAGCGCACCCACAUCUGGACCCUUUACACCGUCAUGGCCCUGACCGUGAUCGCGGGCGUGGUCUUCAUGUUUCUAAUGCUGUUGCAGUGCAAGCCGCUGCAGUAUUUCUGGACAAAGGUAGCCUUCGAUCCUAGCAUUGAAGGCCACUGCAUGAACAUGGAUACCAUCAUCGCAAUGACGUACGUGUACAGUGCUUUUGCAGCGCUGUGUGAUUUCACUGUUGGUCUUCUGCCAAUCUUUCUCGUCCGGAAACUCCACAUGAAGCAGCAGACGAAGCUCGCCGUGGUGGGCAUUUUGAGUAUGGCUUGCAUCGCAUCGGCAGCGGUCAUUAUUCGUAUACCCUGGGUGCACACCUUCGGGGAUCCUGACUUUCUCUACGCCACAGUAGAAAUUGCCAUUUGGUCCAACAUCGAAACCGGUUUGGGUAUCACAGCCGGCAGCCUUGCCACCCUCCGUCCUCUCCUCCGGCACUGGCUCGGAUCGCGCAACGACAGCAAUUACCCCGCCCCUACACUCCCACUCGCAUCGAGAAAAUACGGCGUCGGCUCGACACGUCCGUUCCCAUUGGGCUCGUUGGAUGCCAGCGUCGAGCGCCGAUUCCGCCCCGAUAAGCUAGCGGUGACGGUGACUACCGUGCAAACGCAGCGCGAUCCACACGACACAUGGAAAUCCCCGUCCAGUCCGAAUAGCAGCGAAGAGGGCUUAACAUCGGACCGAUCACCGGGAUACUAUGAUGGGGGCGAGAUGGGCUUGAGCAUCCACCAGACGUUCGAAGUCACCCAGACGACGUCGUCCGGAAGAGGACCGGGGAGGAGGUUAUCAGGGAGCACAUAUGAUAACCGCUUAUAAAAACAUUAUGUAAUGAAUAGAUUCC